AUGGCACAUUAUCAUGAUCAACCUGCAUCUGAUUACUAUAUCUCUAAUCAAAAAUUAACAUGUCAUAGAUAUUUCCUCAAUCAACUGCACAUCCGAAUUAAUCUGCUUGAGGAUCAAGUAACAGAGGUUGAACAGUUUUACCAAUCUACUGAUGUUCAAAACAAUGAUUGUAAAAUUAAACGUCGAGAGAAGCCUCCUACUGGAUCUAAGAAGCUGUCGCGCCGUGCUUUGGAAGAAAUGCAAGACGAGAUUAUGCGUCAUUUUUCCAGAAUGUUAACUGAUAUAACUCGUCACAAAUGGGCAUGGCCCUUUUUGGAACCUGUAGAUGUUAAAGGUCUUGAGCUGUAUGAUUAUUAUGAGAUCAUUAAAAAGCCUAUGGAUUUUAGCACAAUAGAAAGAAAAAUGAACGUGAAAGAUGGCUCUGGUUAUAAAAAUGUGAAGGAGAUAUAUGAUGAUGUAAGGCUGAUUUUUAACAAUGCAAUGACGUACAAUGAUGAAAAGCAUAUUAUCCAUGAUAUGGCCAAGACCUUGCUCGACAAAUUUGAGAAGAAAUGGUCGCAUCUAUUGCCUAAAGUCACUAAAUUGGAGAGUGAACUAUCAAAGGAAUCACAAGAGAAGUUGAACAAAAAGCUUGCUCAAGAAGCCACUUAUGCCAACAUGACUAUGAAAUUAAGCGAGGAGUUGUCUAAUGCUGAUAAGGCUUUGGCGAAUCUCAAAUCGGAAAUGAUUGCAAAUUGCAGGAAACUGUCGCCUCUGGAGAAAUCGUUACUUGCAGUAGAUAUCAGUAAAUUGUGUCCUGAAAACCUCAACAAAGUAUUAGAAAUAGUUAAGGAGAAUAAUCCAGAUUCCCAAAUCAAUAUGGAAGACGCGACCCUUGAUCUUGACUCUGAGAGCACCUACACAUUGUGGAGACUGUAUAUGUUUGUAAAAAAAGCACUAGAACUUCAAGAUGCAUCAGGCGGGAUUAUUCAUCCAGACAACAUUGAGGAAAAGGAAGUGAUUACUCGUGAGGAAGAGAACACCGAUUACAAAAGGAGGAGAAUGAUAUGA